UCCCCUCGCUCCCCGCACGUCUCCUGGGCUUUAGGCAGGGCUGCGACGGCUCCUGGCUUCUUCCUGAGCUGAGCGCGCGGCCCCGACACCAUGGAAGGGCAGGCACGUGGUUUAUUGGAGACUGAUCCACUGCAUGAACCUGAUGAAGAAACCAUCUCUCAUAUUGACCUCAGUAGUAUGAUAUCCGAAGAAGAAAGAGAAGAGUUGAAAACUGAACUAGUUAAGCUAGAAGACGAAAUCACAACUUUACGACAAGUGUUAACAGCCAAAGAAAAGCAUCUGGUGGAAAUAAAACAAAAACUCGGCAUGAAUCUGAUGAAUGAGUUGAAACAGAAUUUUAGCAAAGGCUGGCAUGAAAUGCAGACUACGACUGCCUACAAGAAAACACAUGAAACUCUGAGCCAUGCAGGGCAGAAGGCAACUGCAGCUUUCAGCAACGUGGGCACAGCCAUCAGCAAGAAGUUUGGAGACAUGAGUUAUUCUAUCCGCCAUUCCAUAAGUAUGCCUGCUAUGAGGAAUUCUCCUACUUUCAAAUCAUUUGAGGAGAGGGUUGAGACAACUGUCACAAGCCUUAAGACGAAAGUAGGAGGCACCUCCAGUGGAGGGAAUUUUGAAGAAGUGCUCAGUUCCACAGCCCACGCAAGCGCACAGAGUGCUGCAUCAGCCCCUCGGGUACCUGAGAAAGAAGGGGAGCUUCGGUGCUAAAGAGGCCCAGGGGGACCAUGCUACAGCCUGAAGCUGCCACCCUGUCCAUGCUAUGGGUUCUGUCACUUUUCUCAUAGCCAGAUGUGAAGGCCAAAAAGCCUCUCUACAGUGUUGUACUUUUGAAAAAAAUUCCAUCCAUAUUUGUACUUAAAAACAAACCAUUUAGUCAUUGUGGAUGCAGGAAACAUGCCCGGAAUGUGAUGCUCAGAAUGUUCUAAAUUUCUCUAAUUAGCAGAUAUGCAACUGGCCACAGCGCCUUUCUGCCAUUCCAAGUGCUAACCUUUUUGUCCUGUUGGUUUGCUUUGCUUUCCUUUUUUGUUUGGCUAUUUCAGCAUGUGCCUGUGUGUCUGUUGCUGUGUGGGUCCUUAAAACCCCACUGCACUUUUUUUUUUCCCUCUGGGCACAGUCCAGUAGACAGUGGAAUUGCUACUUACGUACCCAUUUUCAGCUAUAUGAAGUAUACCAAAUGUCCACUCAGCUACUUGUGUCCUCCCAGCCCUGGCACAUAUGUAAACUGUUGUUUACGUGUAAACUGGUUAUUUAAGGGAUUAGCAAAAUGAUUUUGAAAGUACGAGGCUUUUUUGAUUUUUAAACUUUUUUCAAGUAUACAGUUAUCUUGGAAAUCUCAUUUCCAAGUUUAUUUUCACUUCCAUUCCUGGGCAUGAUAAAAGAUAUACGUCAUUAUGCUAUGAUUUUUCAGCCACCCUGAGCUACUUUUAUAGAAUCUGCAGUUCUGAAAUCUUCUAUAAUCUACUUAUUCAGGUCAAAGGGCAGCUGUUUCACUUCAAAAAUAGGCUAUUUUCCAUGGGGAAAUAGAGGAAGUAUAGUUCUAUGACCCCUUGAUCCCAGUAGUAUUAAAUUAAUAUAAUAUCAACAUCAGAUUUCCUAGAGUAAAUUAAAUGCCUGCUAACUACUGUUAUACUUUCCUUUUGUCCCCCUCUAAUGGAAGUUAUAUGCUUUUCACUAAAAUAUCCCCCACCUUAAUUUAUGACUGCAGUAUAUUUAAAAUUUUCCAGUUUAGAAAAACUAUAUAAAAAGGAUUAAAAGUUUACUAAUUGGUGAAUUUUUUUCAUUCAGUGCUAAUUAGAGAUGGGUAUAUAAUCUGCAAAAUAAAAUCAGUGAUUGUUAACAUGUAAUAAUCAGGCUGUUUGGGGUAUACACAUCUGUGUGACUGGUACUUUGCUGUAAGGAUUUAGGGCCUCAGUCCUAAACCAGUCAGGAGUGUAUUAUGUACUCGAGGAUACUGCCAAAAGGAACAUGGCAUAUUUUCCACUUUAGUUCCUUUCAGCCUAUCAUUCAUAACUCUAAGCUUCUUAACUUUUAGUGCUUUUUAUGAAAGUGUAGGAAAGUUCAUGUUUUCAUAUCAAAUCAGUAAAAUGUCAUUAAUUUGACUCUUUAAUUCAACCAGAGCAGGGCUGGGGUUUUUGUUUACACUAUUUAUCAGCAAGAUUCAAGGAGUACUUAAUUUACUUAGGGGAAUGAAUUGUUUGUAAGGACUCUAGCACAUUAACUAUUCCCAAUUCAUUCAACAUUAAUUAAGCACCUUAGCUGUGCAAGUCACUGUACUAACUGCUGAGGAAUUUACAAUCUAUGGAUGCUACUAAUUAAAAUCCACUAUUCAUUAAAAUAGGAUCUUUCCUCAGCUACAUGGUUAGCAGUUACUCCGAUUCCCAUUAUUUAUUUCAGUAAUAAAGGACCACUGUUUCUUAAACACCCCCAAUGCAGAGUUUUCACUGGACCCCGCCCUCCAAUUAGUGAGGCUUUGCUAUAUAAACAGCAUAUGGUUCUUCAGCUAACCUUUUUAGCUCCCCAAAUUGUAUUUACAUUUUGAUAACAAUUUAGCUUUAAAAAAAAUCAGACCAGUUGCUUGUCAGAUUGUAGGUUUCAUGUCCUUACUACCUGGUCUCUCAAGGCCUGCCUCCUUUUCUGAACCUCUUCUGCAUGUCUACUGUUGGGUUCUUUACUCCUUACAUCUUAACACAGGUUUUUCUUGAAACACAUAUACAUAAAAUGCCUUUUUCUUGUGCUUGCUUCUUAGAAUGUUAUAUAAAAAAUUUAAGUUAUCCUUUUGAAAAUACGAAAAGCUAAAGUACAUCUGGCCACAAACUUCACUUUCACUAAAAAUCAAAAUUACAAUUCAAUACUUUGUUCUCAAAGUGAUACCCGUUUAAAUAGCUUCAGAUGAGUAAACCUUAAACACACUGCAGAAGCAGACACCUACCAAUUUUUAAAGACAACUCUUGCAAUGGAAAAUAUUAGUCAUAAAGUUAUGUUUCAAUUAUAUUUUAUAGCAUAUGCCCCAUCAAAAUGAUGAGUUAUGCCAGCAAAGUACCUGGCAUCCACACUGAAUUGUGUAUCUCCCUAUAAAUCUGAUCCAGAAUCAUAUAAAGUAUAACGACCUGUACACUUUAUUAGAGGAAUUCUGAAAUACUGCACUGUUCACAGUAGUUAAAAUCAAAAGAGUGUUUGUGGCCCAAGAUACUUUUUUUUUUUUUCCUGUACUCUUCGUAGUUUCAAAAUUUUCUGUCAACUGGAACUUUUCAAGUUCAGUUGCACUAAGGUAAAUAAAUAUGGCAAACUGAAACACGCAUAAAUACCUUCAUCCAUUCAGGAAUUGGUGUCUGAGGAUGAUAAUGGUGAGAGGAAAGUGGUGGGUGGAGGUCAUGUGAUUGGAGUUUUAUGUAAAAUCAUUUCUGCCAAACUAAGUGUUCAAGUAAAAUUUCUAAAUUCUAAUUAAAAUG